AUGAGGACCCAGCAGUGCCCCAGUGAGUCCAGUGGGGCACACAGUGGAGAAAACUGCAGUAGCAGUGGAAGCUCCGGGCUCUCACCGGGUUCGGAUUCAGACAGCAGUGGGGUGGUGUGUGGUGGUGGUGGGAUGAGAGGCGUCCUGUCCAGAUACUGGAGCUUGGAGAGUCUUCACUCUGCCACAGUGAUCGCUGAUGGGGCACUGGAUAAGACAGCUCUAACAGAUGAUGUGGGAAGUGAGGAGGACCUGUAUGAGGACUUCCGGAGCUCCAACCACCGCUAUGGCCACCCUGGGGGAGGCGGAGAGCAGCUUGCCAUCAAUGAGCUCAUCAGUGAUGGCAGCGUGGUGUAUGCAGAAGCCCUCUGGGACCAUGUCACGAUGGAUGACCAAGAGCUGGGAUUCAAGGCCGGCGAUGUCAUUGAAGUAAUGGAUGCUACCAACAAGGAGUGGUGGUGGGGGAGGAUUCUGGACAGCGAAGGCUGGUUUCCAGCCAGCUUUGUACGGCUGCGAGUAAACCAGGAUGAACCCAUGGACGAUUAUCCCCUGAAGGUAGAGGGUGGCAAAGAGGACGACUCCAGCAGUGGCACCCGCCGCUUUGGGAUGGGGCAGACCACCAAAGAUCAAAUGAGGACCAACGUCAUCAAUGAGAUCAUAAGCACGGAGAGAGACUACAUCAAGCAUCUGAAGGACAUUUGUGAGGGUUACAUUAAGCAGUGCCGUAAAAGAGCUGACAUGUUUACAGAAGAACAGCUGAAGACAAUCUUUGGGAAUAUUGAGGACAUCUACAGGUGCCAGAAGAAAUUUGUUAAAGCACUAGAGAAGAAAUUCAACAAAGACCACCCACAUUUGAGUGAGGUCGGCUCAUGCUUCUUGGAAUAUCAAACAGAGUUUCAGAUAUACUCUGAAUACUGCAACAACCACCCCAAUGCCUGCAUGGAGCUGUCCCGCCUCACCAAAGUUAACAAGUACGUCUACUUCUUCGAAGCCUGCCGCCUGCUGCAGAAGAUGAUCGACAUCUCUCUGGAUGGGUUUCUGCUGACUCCCGUGCAGAAAAUCUGCAAAUAUCCACUGCAACUGGCUGAACUGCUUAAAUACACCAACCCCCAACACAGGGAUUUUAAAGAUGUCGAAGCUGCCUUAAAUGCCAUGAAGAAUGUUGCUCGGCUCAUCAAUGAGAGAAAGCGGCGGCUGGAGAACAUUGACAAAAUUGCUCAGUGGCAGAGUUCAAUAGAAGACUGGGAGGGUGAAGAUGUCCUAGUCAGAAGCUCAGAACUCAUCUAUUCUGGGGAAUUAACCAAAAUCUCCCACCCUCAAGCCAAGAGCCAACAGAGGAUGUUCUUCCUCUUCGAUCACCAGCUUGUCUGCUGCAAGAAGGACCUUCUGCGCCGGGACAUCUUGUAUUAUAAGAGUAGGAUCAACAUGGAUGAUAUGGAAAUACUGGAUGUAGAAGAUGGGAAGGACAAGGACUUCAAUAUCAGUGUGAAAAAUGCAUUUAAGUUGCACUGCCGAGGCACAGAGGAAGUCCACUUAUUCUGUGCAAAAAAGCCUGAGCAGAAACAGCGCUGGCUGAAGGCAUUUGAGAAUGAAAGGAGACAGGUUCAGCUCGACCAGGAGACGGGUUUUUCAAUCACAGAGGUGCAGAAAAAGCAGGCAAUGCUGAAUGCCAGCAAGCAGCACCAUACUGGGAAGCCUAAGGCUGUCACCAGGCCAUACUAUGACUUUCUGAUGCGUCAAAAGCAUCCCACCCUGCCUACUACACUCCCUCAGCAGCAAGUCUUCAUGCUGGCAGAGCCCAAGCGCAAGCCCUCGAACUUCUGGCAGAACAUCAGCAGGCUGACGCCCUUCCGGAAAUAAGGGCAGCACCGUGUUUGUGCCUGAACCCCUUCUGAGAAAGCACUUUAUCCGUCAGUCCUGGGAGGUGGAGCACAGGUUCUUCCAAUCCUUUGUUUACAGAGGAUGGCACAUGUGGCUCCUGCCUUCCCUAUUUAUUUUGCAGACCGACUGACCGCACUGGCUCUGAGGCGAGACACUGCGUGUGUGCUUGCACACAUGUGUGCAUUUGUGCCAGUCCCAUCGAGCCAGCCUUGCACAGCCCCCAAGAGGCAAACUUCCAGGAAGAGAUCACAGGAGGGAGCCUGACACGUUUUGUCUGAAAAGAUUUUGCCUGUCAGCUGUACUUUGACUCACUCCUUCCUGCUGUGAACACUACUGCUGUCUGGCAGCUGUCAGAGAGGGGAUGGCAGCUGAUAACACCUGCCAGCUCUGUGUCCACUGAUAUGCUCAGAACAACAGUUCAGAGUCACUGACAUUAUACGUUUCCCAUGGAGGGAUAAACCCUUCUGCUCUCUGCCCACCCCCGCUCCCCACGUUUCUCAGAGACAUGAUCCUCCUACACACUUCUAACUAAUCCAGUUAGCCUUUGCAGGCACUCAGACAAGACAACAGUGAGUAUUGCACUGUGACCUUUUUCCUUCCUUUAGUUCAACACCACUGAUGAACUAUGUAGUACAUUAAACUGUGCCAAUCAACCUGCAGCAUGAGUAAAGUUCAAGAAUCUCUCUAGUGGGUUUGAGUUACGUAAGUUAGAAAAAUGUGCCUAAUCAAUACCGUACUCAAUUCCUUAGAUUCUCGUCUCUCCAUCAGUCUGCCAUAUUUCCUGGCCAAUGAAAAUGCUCAUUGUUUGUAAUGUGUUUAUUUAUGGUAAAAAUCAGAACUGUGUAUUUUGUAAGUCUGUAAUUGUUCUUGUCAGAUGUUGUUAACUUGAUGCCUGUUUUGUCUGGUUUUUGUUUGUUUUUUUAAGAAAGGUCAAUAUUUGCAAACCUAGCUCCCGGAAGUCAGAGUCUACAGUUCAACUCUGAAAGACUAAAACCAUGGUUGUUAUGCAAACUCCCACAGACCCUCAAUUCAAGGGGUAUUAUUACAGGUUUUUGACACCUUUAAAAAAAAUGGAAAGACACUUUAAAAAGGCCUAAAUUUGGCACUAAGAGCCCCACUUUAAGUACCCAAGUUUCAAACUGUGGCCAAAAAGAAUUCAUCUAAACCUUGGUUAGCAAAAGGAAAGAUUUGCCUUACCAUAGCGAGAGUUAGAAGCCAUACUGACUGAGUUCCCUAGCUUAGGAGACAUCCUGUGACAUUGGAAG